UGGGCAUGGAGAUGGGAGAGGCCGGAGAGUCUCUCUCCAUACUCCUGCUUUUGCGUAAAAAAAGGAGAUCGAGAUUAUUAGUGCAUUAGUGUUAGGGGAAGGGAAAGGGGAACUGGGGACUUCCACUCGGGGAGAGCUCGGCCAAGGUUUACCAGCAGGCCAUGUGUCAUUGUUUACUUAUUGUGUAAAUCUAAUCAUGAAGUUUCUUGAUAGAUUGACUUACUAAGUGUAGUUACCAAAUAAUUAAUUGUGUCUUGUCAGUUGUCACAGCCUUACAGCCAUGAUGGCUACUUUUUUUUACAGACAAAAGCAUUCUCGACGGCGUUUGGCUGCACUGAAUUUUCUAUCAAAUAUUUCACUAGACGGUUCGUGUCAAGAAUCGAAAUAUGAUUCCGCUUCUAAAGCUACUGGGCCGUGUGGUUCAUUUGCCAAUGAGGAAAACUGCAACACUUUAGUUGAAAAGUCUAAUCCAAAUAAUGCGAAUGUUCAAGAGAAUCAAAACACUGAAGGACAAUGCACAGCAGUAAUCAUGCCGGAAGAAGUCAAUGUUCAAGUUGUACAUUCUGAUAUCAAGUGUGGUUCUCAGGAGGAAGAAGAAAUAGCUAGACUAGAUCUUGAUCAUUUAGCUAAAAUGAAAAACUCAUUAACUGUAGUGAGAGAAAGGUCACAUACAUUGGAUACCAUGAUUAAAGGACACAAAGGAGUAAUUCCAGCAAGUGUUAACAUUUGCCAUUCUCUAGUCAUUCCAGGAAUGACUUUACCAGCUCCCCAUUUAGAAAAAACUUCUGUUGAUUUUGUGGAGUCAGCCCCAACUGGUUAUCUCUUUCCUAAUUCAACUCGUUGCAGAAGGAUUUCUAGCAACACAUCCGAAAGUUCAUAUUCACCAACAGGAUCAGGUGCAAAGGAAAAAGAAGUCAGAUUUUUAACAUCUGCUUAUGAUUGGUCAAACCAAAUGACUGAUCAGAGACUAGUUCUAGUUACUUGUCAUUGCUCCCCAGUUGUCCUUUUUUCAACUUUGCCGUUUUCGCGAAUCAGCAAGCUUUCGAGAGGAGAUUUUCGGAGUGAUAGUGGUCGUCGUCGACAUGCCUCUUCGGGUACGCGCCCAGUAUCAUCCGCAGAUUACCCUGAUUUAUACCAUUUACUAGGUUUGACUAAACCAGGAGAUGGACAAGUUAUUUCUUAUUGUAAAAUGCUGGUUCCAUCUGGGAAUGUUGGGCGUGAAUAUAUAGCUCCGAGAAGACUUCAUUUUACUGAUGGAAUCCACUCUGAAAAUGAUUUCCACCCAAAUAAAGCUUCAGCAUCAUUAUUCCGAACUCACGACCGUUCCAAUCACGUUCAACCUGCCUCACCACUUCAGUUGGUGGAAAAUAUGAAGAUGGAUGGCGAGGAAGGGAAUAUUCAAACGUCGUGUUCAAAUUUCGGACAUUUCACUUAUCAUCCCAGUCUUUUGGAUGAUCCAGAGUUGAUUGCCGGUAAACACAGUACAAGAAUAGCCCUACUUACAUUUUCAUCUUAUAUGACGUCCGUAAUCGAUUACGUAAAACCAUGUGAUCUUAAAAAAGAAUUAAACGACAAAUUUCGCGAGAAAUUUCCUCAUAUUCAUCUGACACUGAGCAAAAUAAGAAGCCUCAAACGAGAAAUGCGGAAAGUAGCACAGCAGGAAAGUGGAACAGGAACCGAUCUUCUUACAGUUGCGCAGUCAUAUGUUUUCUUCGAAAAACUUAUUUUACGAGGACUAGUUCAUAAAGGGAAUCGGAAGCUGUGCGCCGGCGCUACACUUCUUUUAUCAGCCAAAAUGAAUGACGUGAAAGGUGACUCGCUUAAAACGCUUAUUGAGGAAAUUCAAAACAACUUUCGUAUCAGCCGACGAGAACUGUUUUCUUCUGAAUUUGCGGUGCUCGUUGCCCUUGAAUUCACUUUGCAUUCACCAACCUGGGAAAUUUUUUCUCAUUAUCAGCGGCUUUUAUAUGAUUCGUGAAAAUGUUUUUAGUCAAAUGUAAGUCAAUCCUAAUUACUAUGUCCGUCUCAAUGGAAUUAUUCGUUUGUGAA